AUGGAUGAGCCAACUGUGUUGCGAAAAGACCAGCUGGAGAUCAGCUUGGUGAAUGAGAAAAGGCUGAUUAAAGAAGGUACUAUUAAGGAUGAUAACCCGCUAGAUCUCAGUGAGCCGUUCCGUGAACUAUGUGGCGCAUGUCGUCGGGGCGAUCUGAAAGUCUGUCAGGAGAAAAUCACAGAGGGUGUCAAUGUUAAUGCUCGUGAUCCUUACGAUUAUACGCCGUUGAUUCUAGCGAGUCUAUGUGGUCACUAUGAAGUUGCACAACUUCUUCUCGAGUCUGGUGCUCUUUGUGAACGAGAUACAUUCCAGGGUGAAAGAUGUCUCUAUAAUGCCCUAAAUGACCGGAUACGAAACCUCCUCCUCGAAUACGAUUAUUCCAAGUCCACGGACCCCCUUCAGCCAUUGGCUGCCCAUGUAACUUCGCUUCUCACCCGAGAGCUGCCAGUAACAACAGACAUUAUCGUGACUGCAUCCGGGGAAUCACUACACCUCCACAAGUUCAUCCUUGCAGCACGCUCCCCAUACUUCCAAGCAAAACUGGCAGCAGCGCCAGAAUCUACAACAUGGAAGCUUCCCAGUACCAUUCCACCGGAAGCAUUUGCCGCUGCUAUCAAAUAUAUAUACUUUGGAGAAGCUCCCCGGGAAUUGAGAAGUGGACCAGGAACAGGUUUCACCGAAUCCGAGACUUUUGCGGGGGUGGAUAGAAUCUCCAAGUAUCUGGAGAUCCACGGUCUCUUAGACAGCAUCCUUGACAGCGGAGACAGAAGACGUGCCAGGCAACGGAGGGCCGACGAGAUUUCCAAGGGCCGAGAUCAACUGGAACAAUGGUUCAAUACAAAUGUCCUGGCAAACAAGCUCGAGGUGGAGACUUCAAAAGUGAAGGAAAUAAAGUGGGAUCGAAGCAAUGCAAUGUUCGCUGAUGUUCUUCUAAGAGCAGAUGAGCUUCCCGAGGAAGAGCAAGAGGAAGAUGUCUACAAUCCAGAGGUCAACAAUGGCAUACCCACUGCGAAUGAGAAGGCCGUUGACGCUCCAAAAUCAAUCAUCUUCCCAUGUCACCGAGCGAUGCUUUUGCGGUCUGAGUUCUUCCAGAAGAUGUUCACAUCGCCAUUUCGCGAAGCUCAUCUUGGCGAGCACUUGACGGUUAUCAAUAUCGACUGUUCCCCUGAGGUUUUGGAAAUAAUCCUUACAUUUUUGUACACUGAAAGAGCCGAUUUCCCCUUGGAGAUUGCGGUCGAUGUGUUAUUCGCCGCAGAUAUGCUCUUUAUUGAGAAACUGAAAACAAAAGCUGCUGUGGUUAUCAGUACUCUCGGCAGUGCUGGAAUGUCCCAGAAUGAGGCUGCGAAAACUCGGGACACGACACACGAUGAAGCUAUAGACAUUUACUCGAUCGUGCGAGCUGCGUGGUUGACGCGCGUACAGCGAUUGGAAGAAUUCGCCGCUCGGUAUCUCGCAUAUCGACUGGAGGCACAUAUUGAUUCUCCAGAGUUUGCAGAGUUGAUCGAAGAAUCAGCAUCUCGUAUCAAGGCCAGACAAGAAACGGAUUCCAUUGAAAUGCUGGACGAUAUCCGUUUCUACCUUGGAGAGCGCUUCAGGUUGCGAUUCGAUGAGGCUGGCCUGGAGGAGAUGUUGGAAGAAAAGGCACCACCGGAAGGUGUCGAGGCAGAUGAAGAACAAGAAGACGUCGCCGAAAUUAAAAAGGGCGUCGAAGCACUCGAUGUUUCUGAAGGGGCCAUCACUGGUCAGGCACCGCGGCAGUCCCAGGGACAUCAUCCGGAGAUCAGGGCUUUGGAUGGCGCGGUUGUCGAAGACGAAUUCUCAGAAGACGCAGUCAACUAUGAAAUCUUGUUGGAGAAGUUGGAUGAUUUGUUGGAAAGACUCAACCUUGAGGCUUAG